UCUCCUCCUUCUUCUUCUUCUCCUUCUCCUUCUCCUCCUUCUUCUCCUUCUUCUUCUACUGUUUAUUUGAGCGUUUGAUAAAAUAAACAUGCCACUGGGAGGUUUGAACUGCGCAUGCGCAGUGGUUCUGUGCCAGCCGACUGUUUGAGGAAGUUUGGAUCAACUUUCUACCUGUUGAUGGAUUAAAGUUUCGCUCUUCUCCCGGUACAGGAACAGACGUCCAUCAUCCAUCAGAAAUGACCUCAACUGCAGACCUGGAGCAGCUGGCAGAAAUAGAGCUUCAGAAGGAGGAAGAGGAGGAUGAGGAGGAUCAGAGGGAUGUCACGGACAACCCAUCACUUCCUCCCGGCAGCAGAUCCAGUCCUGAUCCUUCUCACCCGUAUUAUGACGUGGCUCGACACGGCAUCAUCCAGGUUUCCGGUGACGACAAGUACGGCAGGAAGUUGAUCAUCUUCAGCAGCUGCUGUUUGCCUCCAUCACACCAGCUGAACCACCGCCGCCUGCUGGAGUACCUGAAGUUCACACUGGACCAGUAUGUGGAGAUGGACUACAUACUGGUUUACUUCCAUUACGGUCUGAGGAGCAGCAACAAGCCGUCUCUGAAGUGGUUACGAGAAGCUUACGGCGAGUUCGACAGGAAGUACAAGAAGAACAUGAAAACUCUGUACGUCGUUCAUCCGACAAACUUCAUCAGAAUCGUCUGGAACAUUUUCAAACCUCUGAUCAGUCACAAGUUUGGGAAGAAGCUGACGUACGUGAACUACCUGACUGAACUCCGAGAACACCUGAACUACGAGCAGCUCAUCAUCCCUCCUGAUGUGCUCAGACAUGAUGAAAAGUUGCGAGCUGCUCAGAAAGGAGGACCCCCUCCCUCAGUGAAGACCCCCCCACCUCGACCCCCGCUGCCCACACAGCAGUUUGGAGUCAGCCUGCAGUACAUCAGAGAGAAGAACAGGGAGGUGAUGAUCCCACCUGUGAUGUCUCAGACUGUGAGCUACCUGAAGGAGAAAGGUCUGCGGACCGAGGGGAUCUUCAGGCGUUCGGCUCGAGUUCAGCUCAUCAAGGACGUUCAGAAGCUCUAUAACCUUGGUAAACCGGUGAACUUUGACGAGUUCGGAGACGUUCACGUUCCCGCUGUGAUCCUGAAGACGUUUCUCAGAGAGCUGCCGGAACCGCUGCUCACCUUCAGACUCUACAGCCAGGUCCAGGACCUCCUCGAUGUGGAGAGCAGUCUGAGGGUAACCCGGUGUAAACAGAUGAUGGAAAGUCUUCCUGAACAUCAUUUCAUCAUAGCAAAGUACCUGCUGAGUUUCCUCCACAUGGUGUCUCGGGAGAGCCUCGUCAACAAGAUGAGUUCGUCCAACCUGGCCUGUGUGUUCGGGGUGAACCUGGUCUGGCCUCGCCACGGUUCCAUCUCUCUGACCGCGCUGACGCCCAUCAACAUCUUCACCGACAUCCUCAUCGAACAUUGCCACACCGUGUUCGGCUCCCGCUGCCCAGCUGCACAGGUAACACCCUGAACCUGCAGAUCUACACGACACACCUGGCUCCAGAUGUUUGUUUUUUACGUUUUGUAUUUUUUAUUUUACUGAGCAACACUUUCAAAGUAAAAUAUCUCGACAACUGCCAGUCAGAUUGCCAUGAAAUUAGCCGUGGAUAUUGAUCUCUGACGUUUCCUCUCACGCCGCCAUCUGGACGAAUAUUCAAAUCUAAAAAACUGAUGGGUCACAUUCCUGCUCUCCAGAGGAUGAAGCUUCACUAUUUUGGACAUCAAGUUUUCCCUUAGUGCCACCAUCAGGACAGACUGCACACGGUUAGGCUUUGGCGGUAUCUAUUUUUUCAUACCUUCAUACCCUCCCGACAUUUAUUAGGGCAUACGGUAUAUGACAGUAUUUCUAUAAGCAUAUAUGUGUGAUGCGUACAUGGACAUACACUAUAGACCAGUCACUCUCAUAAUGGGGUCCGUGAGGCAUCAUAGUUCAAUGAAUAAUAUUUUGAUUUGUAAAUCUGAAGUAGCUCAUAGAUCACGUUCUCAUCUAGUGAAUUAUAUCUUCUUUUAUUUUAUUAUUAACCCAUGUAUGCACUAAGAGUGAACACUUCUCUUGAUAUGUGUGUGUUCUGAAAUGCUGUUCAUAUUAUCCCUUUUCUCUUGAUUUGCCUUUGUUGUUUUGUUAUGGUACACUGUUACUUGCAGCUGAUUGAAUUGAUGUCAGUUGCAUUGCUUUUCUACAGUAUUCUGUGUUGAGAUGGUGCACAUAUUUUUGAAUACAUAUCUAAUAUCUUUCUAA